AAAUCAUACAUCAACAGUCAACAAAAAGUCCAAUCCACUCCACUCCACUCCACUCCACUCUAUCAAUCAUCUUCUCUUCUUUCAAUGCAAAAAUUCCCAAUGUUGCCGACGCUUCUGUAAAAACGCUUGCCAUUUCUUUACCUGCAUUUUCUUACACACUGUAAAAUCCUCAUCAGUUAUCAUUAUAAAUUAGCUCAUCAUUAAUUACAACUUGAAAACCAUCAUAAUUUCUUGAUAACUCAUCUUUUCCCACUGAAGACUGAAUCCAGUUCGAUCCAUUUUCCAUUGUUGGGAUAUAUAUAUAUAUAUAUAUAUAUAUAUAUAUAUAUAUUAUAUUGUGAUGAGAAUGAGUAGUGUUUAUUUGUUACUAAUGGCAGCAACAGUAGUAAUGCAGGGAUGGUAUAUUGGUAUGGUUUUUGGUGGGUGUCUGAAACCUCCGGUGAUUUUUAGCUUUGGAGACUCUAACUCAGAUACGGGUGGACUGAGUGCCGGCCUUGGUUAUUCGGUGAACCCUCCCAAUGGCCGCUCCUUCUUUGGUCGAUCCACUGGCCGCCUCUCUGACGGCCGCCUCAUCCUUGAUUUUCUUUGCCAAAGUUUGAACACUAGAUUCUUGAGCCCAUACCUGGAUUCAUUGGGGUCAAAUUUCCAUAAUGGGGCAAAUUUUGCCAUCGUAGGAUCAUGUACGCUCCCCGAAUAUAAGCCUUUCAACUUGAAUGUUCAGGUUAUGCAAUUUCUUCACUUCAAAAAGCGUUCUCUAGAACUUGCUUCUACAGGGGCAAAAGUAUUUAUUAGUGAGGAAGGAUUCCAAAAUGCACUCUACAUGAUAGAUAUAGGGCAGAAUGACCUUGCCGAUUCAUUUUCCCAGAAUCUUUCAUAUGCAGAAGUUGUCAAAGACAUUCCUUUGGUAAUUCAGGAAAUCAAGAAAGCAGUGAAAACAUUGUAUGAUGAAGGUGGUAGGAAGUUUUGGAUUCACAACACGGGGCCGUUAGGUUGUCUACCUCAAAAACUGACAUUAGUCCAACACAAAGAGGGUGAUCUUGAUACCUUCGGAUGCAUUUUGAGUUACAACUCUGCUGCAAAUUUGUUUAACACAGCGCUUCUGCAUUUGUGCCAAGAAAUGAGAUCUGAGUUUGCAGAUGCUACAAUUGUACAUGUUGAUAUAUACUCCAUCAAAUAUGACUUGAUAAGUAAUGGAGUGAAAUAUGGAUUUAGUAAACCCUUAAUGGCCUGCUGUGGAGCUGGAGGACCUCCAUACAAUUAUAAUAUUCAGAUGACUUGUGGAAAUUAUGGUGCUGAAGCUUGUAAUAAUGGAUCUCAGUUUGUAAGUUGGGACGGAACACAUUAUACAGAAGCAGCUAAUGCGUUUGUAGCCAAAAGAAUACUUUCUAUGGAAUAUUCUACUCCAAAGAUUCCGUUGGAUUUCUUCUGCAAGAAAUGAGCAGAAUAUGUAAGUGAAAAUCAAAUGGAAAAUUGUUUCAAUAAAGAAAACUCACUGUCAUUUGUUUGAACUUUGAAUUGCAUCCUGUUAAUAUUCAUUGAAGACCAGAAAGCACCAAUAUCUGACGGGUUUUCUACAUUACAGUAUUGCUAUUAGUUACACUGGCCACUGCCUCUGCCUGGUUGACAUUGUGUCUUGUAUCGUAUCGUAGCGGUGUUCAUUGGGCCGGUCCUCCCAUUUUGUAACAGAAAACAGAAAGAAAAAGAAUUUUAUUGACUCUGUGAAUGAUAUUUCUUAAUUACAAAGGUGUGAAGAGAGUAUCAUGUAUAUACAUAGUGAGACUUCAAGAAAAGCACACGUGCCUAGCACACAUUCUAAACUAGUCAGUUAUAACUAACUCAUAACUAAUUAAGAAAACAAAAUACAACUUAACAAUAUACAGAAUGACUAUCCUAUAUACAGCAAUUAUCCUAGGACUUGAUCAACAUCCUUCUGCCCUUGUUGUAGGUAAUCUUCUGUCCCUUAUGUGCCUUUGAUUGUAGGACCUUCUUAGUUGGUCUUGAACUUGAUUGUAGGGCGGAUAGCAAUGCAACACUUCAGAAUACAAGCUGAUCUUUUGAUUUUUAGUCAAGAUCAUAUAUCAUCAUCACCAUUAGUCUU